CUCUUCAGAGCGGAAUCGCGGGUGUGUGUAUUGGAAUAGGUUGGUGUCGUGCUCGCCUUGGCGAGGAUCGCUGUUCGUGUGAUGCAACCGAGGUUUUAGUGGGAUUAUCCAAAGGUACCAUAGUGCCGCCGCGGGUGUCAUAUUCUACGAUGAACUUUCAAAAUGAUGGGCGAUGGUCCCUUGGCAUUGGCAUGGGUCUGUUCCUCCUGGCAAUCACAAUCAGCUCCCUGUUGGUAAUUAGCGUGUGCCAGCAAAAUGCUUACGUCUGGCUAGGAAUUGUGAUGGUGUCAAUCAUAUUUCUCACAACAUUCACUUGCACGACGCAGGUCCCCAUCCUCUGGGCGCAGGAAACAGAUUCGCGCGAAAAUUCUGUUGUAGAGGGUGAUCCUGCACAUAAUUUAUCACCUUAUUGGAUUCGAGUGACAGAUUUACCACCCAGUUACUCAGUGGCAACUUCACACCAUGUGAUCGCCUUCAGAGGAGAAAAUGUUGAGCCACCUCCUUAUUCAACCGUGAUUCUUCAAACACCGAACAUAACUUACGGCCACAGCAACCCUGUUUUUAACUAUAAUGAGCCAGAUGUGGCUAGUUUACAACAGGUGACCGCGCACAGGCCACCUGCAGAGAAAAGCUGUGCAAACCAGCCAUAUUUGUGUGAAAGGUGCCAUCAUGAGACAAAUUCAGUCCCUCAAGGAAAGACUGAGAAAACAUCCGACAGUGGCAGGUCGUUGACCUCAGAGUCUCAGCCAUCAGAUAGACUUGCCGAAAAUCAAAACAACAAUCAUAGUCAAGCGAAUGAAGUUCUACCCCCUGAUAGACCGACUGACCCAGCAGUUUUGCUAUCAAAAGAAACACAUCCUCAGUCGCAAAGUAUUCAAGAGUAAUUACAUAGUCUGUGAUAAUAGAUAAGUAGGCUUACUGACAUAAUUUUAAGUUCAAUCCAGACGUUUCAGGUAAAAUUAAAAAGUUUGACUUUUAUUUAUUUCAAACUCUUUCCUCAGUUUUGGGGAAUAAGAAAAUCUCCCCAGAUAGUCAAGGAAACAUUGUUGAGUGUCUCCUCAUAAACGUUAAGUGUAAAUAUGGGCAUAUUUUAAUUGAUAGCAAAUAAUUUGUACCUAGAACUUGAAAAAUGCCUAGUGAAUCCAGACAUUGAUAUACUAUUGAAUGUUACUUUUUGUACUUUUUUGUGUGCUGUGAUGUACUUUUGACGUUGAAAUGUACAUGCCAAGGAUUAUUAAAACAAAGUCAAAGGAUUUUUUAAAGUUCUGAACCUGAAUACUGAGUAAUAUUUAUUAGAGGUGUUAAAGUUACUACAAGUGCAGGCUUCUAAAAUAAUAUGGAUCAAUUUUCCUCCCCAUUCAUACUGAGCAGGCGCAAUAUGAUACUGUUUACCUCUUAAAAAAUCAUUAAAUUGUGUAUUUCUUGCCAAGAUCAUGCUAAAUUGGUGAUAAAUCUGAGAAGGGCUGAGAAACAUUAUUAACUGAGACUGAUAUUUUUGCUAGGAAUUUGGCACUUAUAGUGCCACACUUUUAAAAUGCCAUAAUGGACAGUGCCACAAUGGACCAAAUGCUACAAUGGACAAUGCCACACAUAAAAACAUAAAUUCAAUUUAUACUAAUUUCCCAGCGGUCUUGAAGGCAAAAUAAACUGAAUUUAGCUCCUUUCUGACUACAUUCUAAGCAAGUUUGGCAAACUUGCAAACAGUCAAACUGUUUGACUAAAUACUUAAAUAUCAAGUACAGUGUCAACUUUGCUUUUUUGCUUGCUUUUUUUUACAAUCCUAAAUCAAAGAGAAAAAGCAUUAUCCACAACAGCCAAAAAGGUGAUUUCUUUGUAUCCAAUCCUAGGUCCGAGAGAAAAAGUACAUACUAUCUUUAAUAGCAAGAAUACUGCUGAGAACAACAUGUUAUGAACUGCUACAAAUACAGACUUCAUAAAAUACACUGACGUUUGUUGAUACAAAAAUGUGUUCAUUGUUGUUAUUACAUACUGAAAAACAUGCUUCAACUUUGGUAGUAUUAAAGAGACUUCAUACCACUUUAA